AUGUCAAUAGUUUACAAUAAAACACCAUUGUUACGCCAAUUCUUCCCCAGUAAGUCACCUGCACAGUUUUUUUUGAAAUAUGAAUGUCUCCAACCAAGUGGCUCUUUCAAAAGUAGAGGAAUAGGUAACCUCAUCCUGAAAAACGCCAUCCGAAUUCAAAAGGACGGUAGGAGGUCUCCACAGGUUUUUGCUAGUUCUGGGGGGAAUGCAGGUCUUGCCGCCGCUACAACAUGUCAGAGGCUAUCUUUGCCAUGUACAGUAGUGGUUCCUACAGCAACAAAGAAAAGAAUGGUUGAAAAAAUUAGGAACACCGGUGCUCAAGUUAUCGUGAACGGCGCUUAUUGGAAGGAAGCAGAUACUUUUUUGAAGGCAAAUAUCAUGAAUCAAAUAGACUCUCAGGUUGUUGAGCCCAUUUAUGUUCAUCCCUUUGAUAAUCCUGAUAUUUGGGAAGGGCAUUCGUCUAUGGUAGACGAAAUAGUUCAGGACCUGAAAUCUCAACGUAUUUCCAUGAACAAAGUGAAAGGUAUAGUCUGUAGCGUCGGUGGCGGUGGUUUAUAUAAUGGUAUUAUUCAGGGGUUGGAGAGAUAUCAUCUAGCUGAUAAGAUCCCUAUCGUAGGAGUGGAAACAAAUGGAUGUCACGUUUUUAAUACUUCUCUCAGAAUUGGCCAACCAGUUCAGUUCAAAAAAAUAACAAGUAUUGCUACGUCUUUAGGGACCGCCGUUAUCUCUAAUCAAACUUUUGAAUAUGCUCACAAAUAUAACACCAAAUCUGUUGUCAUAGAGGACAAAGAUGUCAUUGAAACCUGUCUCAAAUAUACACAUCAAUGCAACAUGGUAGCUGAACCAGCAUGUGGUGCCGCAUUGCAUUUAGGUUAUCACACGGAGAUACUAGAAAAGGCAUUGGGCUCAAAAUUAGCCGCGGAUGACAUCGUGAUAAUUAUUGCUUGUGGUGGAUCUUCAAAUACCGUACAGGAUUUGGAAGAAACGUUGGAAGACCUGAAAAAACAAGGUCUCCCUGCAAUUGAAACGGCCGACAAUUUUAUCUUUGUCGAAAAGACCUCCACUAUUUUGAAGAGUGCUUGA